UUAAUUCCAAUCUGGGUGACUUCAGUCUCCUGGGCUCCCCUCCCAAAUUUGACUUUUCCUCAUCUCGGGGGGGAAGCCGACAGCCUCCUGGCCUCAGCCCAGGACGGGAUCUCAGGGAGAGCCACCCCGGGGGGCAGCCGGCGGGCAGAUGCCAGUGCAGCCCCUGCCGGGCCCCUGGGCAGGCGGGCGUGGGCGCCGCUGUGAGGGAAGCGGCUGGCUCGCUCUGUCCCGGGGUCCCGGCCCGGCCUCGUGACGGGGGUGCUCACCGCGCCUCCACGUACGCACCAUGGCUUUUCCUGACCUCCUGGACAAAAUAGGGGACCUGGGCAAGUUCCAGCUGCUACAGAAUGUGGCCCUACUGGUGCCCAUCAUUUUGCUCACCAGUCAGAACAUGAUAGAGAACUUCUCGGCCGCUGUGCCCAGACACCGCUGCUGGGUGCCCCUCCUGGACAACGGCACUGCCCAGGCCAGCCUCCCCGGGGCCCCGGGCCCCGAGGCCCUCCUGGCCGUGUCCAUCCCCCUUGGCCCUGACCAGCAGCCCCAUCGCUGCCGCCGCUUCCAACACCCCCAGUGGCAGCUCCUGGACCCCAACAACACGGCCACCAACGGGAGCGAGGCUGCCACGGAGCCAUGCGUGGACGGCUGGGUCUACGAUUACAGCACCUUCACCUCCACCAUCGUGACCACGUGGGACCUGGUGUGCGACUCUCAGGCCAUGAAGCCCAUGGCCCAGUCCAUCUUCUUGUCUGGGAUUAUGGCUGGAGCUGCAGUGUACGGCCACAUCUCCGAUCGGUUCGGGCGCAGGAAGGUGCUGACGUGGAACUACCUUCAGGUGGCCGUGUCAGGCACGGUGGCCGCCUUUGUCCCCACCUUCUCCCUCUACUGCCUCUUCCGGUUCCUGGUGGCCUUCGGCCUGGCAGGCAUUAUGAUGAACACAACCACUCUGCUGAUGGAGUGGACGUCCGCGAAAUCCCGAACUGUCACGAUGAUCUUCAACUUUAUGGGCUUCAGCUUUGGCCAGAUGCUGACGGGCGCCGUGGCUUACGGGGUGCGUAGGUGGCCACUGCUACAGCUGGCGAUCUCUGUCCCCUUCUUCAUCUGCUUCCUCUACUCAUGGUGGCUGCCGGAAUCGGCACGGUGGCUCAUCAUCACAGGCAAGCUGGAUAGGGGCCUGCGGGAACUGCAGAGGGUAGCCAUUAUCAAUGGAAAAAAGACUGUGCAGGACACACUGACGAUGGAGGCCUUGCUGUCAGCCAUGCGGGAGGAGCUGAGUGGGGACCAGGCUACCAUCAAGCUGAGCACCCUGCUCUCCACACCUGUACUGCGUCUCCGGAUCUGUGUCUCCAUGCUUUGCUGGUUUGCCUUUGGCUUCUGCUUCUAUGGUGUGGCCCUGGACCUGCAGUCCCUGGGCAGCAACAUGUUCCUGCUCCAAGGGCUCAUCGGGGCCAUGGACUUCCUGAGCAAGAUCUUCACCCUGCUCCUGAUGAACUAUCUGGGCCGCCGCUCCAUUCAGGCCAGCUCCCUGGUGCUGGCUGGGCUCUGCGUCCUGGCCAACACUCAGGUGCCUCAAGAGAUGGGGGCAUUGCGCUCGGCUCUGGCUCUGCUGGGGCUGGGGUCUCUGGGGAGCACCUUCACCUGCAUCAGCAUCUUCAGUGGCGAGCUCUUCCCCACGGUGCUAAGGAUGAGAGCAGUGGGCCUCUGCCAGAUGGAGGCCCGAAUGGGGGCCUUCCUGGGGCCUCUGAUCCGGAUGCUGAGCACCCACAGCCCUUCCAUUCCCCUGUUCAUCUACGGGAGCGUGACAGUGCUGGGCGGUGUGGCCACCCUGCUGCUGCCCGAGACCAAGAACUUGCCGCUGCCUGACACCAUGCAGGAUGUGCAGAAACAGGCCGUGAAGAAGCUGGCGUGCCCCACGCCAGCGGCACCCUCCGUGCUCAAGUCCACGCAGUUCUAGCUUUCUGCAAGCCCACAAAGGAUGAGAAGAGGGAAAGGAGGAGGAGGAGGAGGAGGAAGCUUCUUUUCUCCCCUGAAGAUGGCAGAGGCUGUCUCUUUGGUAGUUCCUUCUAGCUCAGAAGGGACAAAGGACGGCGUGAUUGGCAAGAGGCUGCAGGCAGCGCGUCGUCCCGACUUGCCCCUGUGACUGCAGAGAGGGGAAAGGCCAAGGCCAGGGUACAUGCCCCCACUGCUGGGUGCCCCACUGGGCCACCUGGUGCAGGCUGGCUCUCACCUCCCUGGCUGGGCAUGCGCUGUGGAGGCCUUUGGCCAUGUGACCCCUCCCACCCCUCAGGAAACCCCAGCCACAUGCUCAGCUGCAUCGUCUGCCCACCACUGUCCCCCCUCCACCAUGCCUCUUGGUCUCCCAGACCCAGGACAGGGGCCCUACCUCCCUGAUGCAGAACCAGACUUCACCCUGGCCCACGGCGAAGGCCACACGCCUAUCUUGUCCACAGCAGUAGAGGGCCAGGUGGCCCCAUUGCUCCAUGACCCAGCUCGUACAGAGCAGAGUGGGCCAGAGAGACAUUGGUGUGAACAAAGAGCCAAGAAUAAAUGAAUGAUGUCCCCUAUUGA